AUGCAGCAAGUGAUGCGAUUUUGCGCUUCAAGGCGGUUAUUAGUUGGACUGGUGCAGUCAUUCAAAAUGCCUCUGAGAUGUUACCCGAAAUUCAAGCGAAGGAAGUUCGUUGAACCAGUUGUAGUAGAGAAGACACCGAGUAAGAAGAAAACUGCAAAUAUUUAUUAUGAUAUGAAAGUUGGAGAGUUAGCGGAGGUAAUACAAAGUACCGAGCAAGAAGUUCUACAAGUACUCAAAACUCUAAACAAGCUGCCUGAAAAUAACAAUGAAGCCUUAGAUAUGUCUCGUAUUGUAAGUGUUGUUGGUGCUUUUGGUUUGAAACCAAAACUAAUACAACGCCCCCGAAGUGGUGCAGAACAAGAUUUUGAAUUAGAUGCGUUUCCACUGCCGUCUCCACCGGAAAAAGAGCUGAAAAAACGUGCGCCAGUAAUAGCUAUUAUGGGUCAUGUUGAUCAUGGUAAAACGACUCUUCUUGAUCGUUUAAGGCAUUCUCAAAUAGUACAAGGCGAAUUUGGUGGUAUCACGCAGCAUAUUGGCGCUUUCACGCUUAAAGACAAAGAUUGUGAGCUGACUUUUUUGGAUACUCCUGGACAUGCGGCAUUUGCUAAAAUGCGUGAGCGUGGAGCGCAUUCUACUGAUAUUGUUGUAUUAGUAGUUGCUGCCGAUGAUGGGGUGAAUGAGCAAACUGUUCAGUCCAUUAACUAUGCAAGACAUGCAAACGUGCCAAUAGUUGUUGCAAUCAAUAAAAUUGAUAAAGCAAAUGCUGAUCCUGUUCGCGCCAAACAAUCACUUGCAGCACAUGGAAUUGUCGUGGAUGAUCUUGGUGGUGAUGUGCUUUGCGUUGAAAUUUCAGCGCUGCAAGGAAAAAAUAUGGACCAGCUCAAGGAAGCUAUUUUGCUACAGGCAGAAGACAUGAAUCUGCGUUCAACUUGGAAUGGAUUUGUAGAAGGAAUUGUAAUUGAGUCAAAAUUUUCACAUGGUAUUGGAAAAGUCUGCACUAUGAUUGUUCAGAGAGGAACUCUCAUGAAAGGUACAGUGCUUGUAGCUGGAACAUCCUGGGCUAGGGUUCGUUCAAUGCAUGACGAAUUUGGUCACGAUGUUGUAAAAGCUGGUCCUAGUACUCCUGUCGUUGUGGCUGGCUGGCGAAACAAGCUGCCGUUCCCAGGAGAACGAGUUUUGCAGUUAGAAAAUGAGCGAAGAGCACAACAAGUUGCUUUAUACAGAUUAGAAAAAGAAAAAAAUACUAAAGUGGAACAAGAUUGGAAAUUAGCUGAAGAACGAAUAGAUGAAGAAAGAAAGGAAUAUUUGGAAAAUCGGCGUAAAUUAUUGAAUGUUGGUAUACGAGGAGGAUCCACGUUACGUUUAAUUGUCCAUAAAGAACAGAAAUAUCAAAAAACUGUUGGAAAUCAGGAACCGCGUAUAAGAAUAAUGUUGAACAGUGAUGUUGAUGGAACACUGGAAGCCAUUUUGAAUGUGCUUGACUCUUACAAUUCGGAACAAGUGGAACUAGAUAUUGUCAAAUUUAAUGUUGGACCACCAAGUGAAAGUGAUAUUGAAUUAGCGAAGGACCUAGAUGCCCUAAUUUAUUGCUUUAAUAUCCAAGUGGGAUCUGGAUUAAAGAAUCUAGCUGAAAGGCUUGGUGUGAAAAUCAAUCAGUUCAAUGUGAUUUAUCGUUUGGUCGAAGAUUUGAAAAAUCGGUUAUCCGACUGUCUUCCAGAAGAAACUACUUUUGAGCAAGUUGGUGAAGGGCAUGUUAUUAGAAAUUUUUCUGUCAUUGUUGAAAACAAGAGGCAAUCAGUUGCUGGUACGCUGGUGGAUUGGGGGACAAUAAAUAAGAUGGAUUCAUUACGAGUCCUUAGAGGUACUACUGUUGUUUAUGAAGGACCCAUACGUUCAAUGCGUAUUGGAACAAAGGCAGUGACUUCAGCAAGUAGAAACGAAGAGGUGGGCAUUGCAAUACCGGACGAAAAACUCAUCUUCAAAGAAGAUGACAUUAUUGAAACAUAUCGAGAAGUGAAAUUUCGCCGUAAGAUUAACUGGGAUCCCCCAGGGUUUUAG